GCGCUCGAGAGAACCAUCCAUCCAUCCAUCCACACCCUCUCCCUCGGCUGACGAACUCAGCGAUGACGCACCUGCCACACCCGAGACGCGCGGGCCGGGCCUCGUGGUAUAAAGGGCGCCCAUCGUCGGACCUCCUAUCGCCUCACCGUUGCAGCCACCGACAACACCUACAGUAGAGACGCGCCACCCGCCCCACCACACCACUCUGGAAUCAGUAGUCAAGAAGGCAAGAACUCUCCGGCCGGCCGGACCCCGAGCUCGCGUUCGUCAGUCAGGAUGGCACCCACGGCGGCGGAGCAGCACACGAGGAAGGCGGUGGGCCUGGCGGCGCGCGACGCCUCCGGCCACCUCUCCCCGCUCGCCAUCACCCGGAGGAGCACUGGAGAUGACGAUGUGGUGAUCAAGAUUCUGUACUGUGGGAUCUGCCACUCUGACCUACACUGCAUCAAGAACGAAUGGAAGAACGCCAGGUACCCCAUGAUCCCUGGGCACGAGAUCGCCGGCGAGGUCACCGAGGUCGGCAAGAAUGUGACCAAGUUCAAGGCCGGCGACCGUGCGGGCGUCGGGUGCAUGGUGAACUCAUGCCAGUCCUGCGAGAGCUGCGACAAGGGCUUCGAGAACCAUUGCCCGGGCAUAAUCGCCACCUAUAACUCGGUCGACCUUGACGGCACCAUCACCUACGGUGGCUACUCCAGCAUGGUGGUGGUGCACGAGCGGUUCGUGGUCCGGUUCCCCGACACCAUGCCGCUGGACAAGGGCGCACCGUUGUUGUGCGCCGGAAUCACCGUGUACAGCCCCAUGAAGUACCAUGGUCUGAACGUUCCGGGAAUGCACCUCGGCGUGCUGGGGCUGGGCGGGCUGGGCCACGUUGCCGUCAAGUUCGGCAAGGCCUUCGGGAUGAAGGUGACGGUGAUCAGCUCGUCGCCCGGGAAGAAGCAGGAGGCCCUCGAGCGGUUAGGUGCCGACGCGUUCGUAGUCAGCAAGGAUGCUGAGGAGAUGAAGGCUGCAAUGAAUACCAUGGAUGGCAUCAUAAACACGGUGUCUGCAAACAUCCCCAUGGCCCCUCUCUUAGGGCUACUGAAACCCAACGGCAAGAUGAUCAUGGUUGGCCUCCCCGAGAAUCCUAUGGAGAUCUCCCCCUUUGCUCUGGUUGCCACGAACAAGACCCUGGCCGGGAGCUGCAUCGGCGGCAUGAGGGACACCCAGGAGAUGCUGGAUCUGGCGGCGAAGCAUGACGUGACGGCGGACAUCGAGGUGAUUGACGCCGAGUACGUGAACACGGCCAUGGAGCGACUUGCCAAGGCCGAUGUCAGGUAUCGGUUCGUCAUCGACAUCGGCAAUACCCUUGACAACGCCGCUGCCGCCGCCACCACUGAGUGACUCUGCCUCUCUGUUCUUGUUAGCAGUAACAAGAAACAAUCUGAAAUCAUUUUGUGUGUGUGAAAAUGUAAACCCGUGUACGUGAUGCUUGUGUGUUUUGUUGUAUGUGAUCAAGGAAGUCAUCUUCCUAUUGGCAGAUGUUGCAUGAUAUCCAAAGAAAUCAUAUGUGCUAUACACCAUCAGUUUUUUAA